GAGGAAAGUGUGUGUGUGUGUGUGUGAGAGUAAAGAGAGAGACCGUGUGUGUGAGUAAAGAGAGAGACCGUGUGUGUGUAAGAGGGAGAGGGAGAGUGUGUGUGUGUUCGUAGAGGAUCCUCCAGAUGCGGGGUUUCUCCUCGUAAGAAGUUUCUCGUCAUGGAUCUGAUCGACAGCUCAGAGUUUCCUCUCACGGACAAAUAUAUCAAUAUAAGAAGAAGAAGAAGAAGAAAGCGUGUGAGUGUUUCUCGUUUCUCCUCGUGAUGGCCGCUGUUAUCAUCGCUCUCCUGCUCUUCUGCUUCUUCUCUCGAUCCCCUUCGCUCCCCACGGUCGACCCUGACCCCCCCGCCGCGCGCCGCCUGCCCGACAUCAUCAUCAUCGGCGUGAGGAAGGGUGGCACGCGUGCUCUCAUCGAGAUGCUGAAUCUGCACAGUGAUGUGGUGGCGGCUCCGAGCGAGCUGCACUUCUUCGACUGGGACAGUCACUAUCUGCGCGGCGAGGAUUGGUACGUGUCCCAGAUGCCGCUCGCCCGGCCGGGUCAGCUGACGGUGGAGAAGACCCCGGCGUACUUCACCUCCGCCCGUGUUCCUGAGCGCAUCCGACGGAUGAUUCCCCACGCACGACUGCUGCUGAUCGUGCGCGAGCCGACGGAGCGACUGCUGUCUGAUUACACACAGAUGUAUCACAAGCGUCUGGAGAAACACAAGCUCCAGCAGACGCUCGAGACGCUGCUGAUGCACCGCGGAGAGCUCGACCUCCACUACAAGGCCUUGAACCGCAGUCUGUAUCACGUCCACAUGCGACGCUGGCUCCAGCUGUUCCCCAGGAGCCACAUCCAUCUCGUGGACGGAGACGCGCUGAUCCGAAACCCUCUUCCGGAGAUGAAGAAGGUGGAGGAGUUCCUUCAUCUGGAGCCGCAGAUAAACGCCUCCAACUUCUACUUCAACCAGACCAAGGGCUUCUUCUGUCUGCGUGACCGCCGGCGCGAGAGAUGCCUGCACGGCUCUAAGGGACGCACACAUCCACGCCUCGCACCUGAACUCCUGCGCAAACUCCACGACUUCUUCCACCAACCCAACCAGGAGUUCUUCCAGCUGGUCGGCCGGACGUUUGACUGGAAGUGAUGAUGGAUGGAAACACCAGGAAUCGCUUCUGGAGGAACUGGAACAUCUCCGCAUGAAACAACCGUUCUGUGACCAACCUCACAGUUUUUGUAUGAUUUCAUGAUUAAGAAUCUUGUUCUGGACUAAUCGUUUACAGUAAGAUCGGGAUGUGAGUGGAGUUUGUUUUCGGAGCUGUUAACCAAACUUAUAUUUAGAUAUACAGACAUAUGCAUGUGAAAUACAUUUAUGUUAUACGUUAAUGCAUGACAGUAAUUAUAUAAAUACUGUUUUCUUGCUGCUAAGUUUAUGUGUGAAUGUGUGUUUGUGUCUUUAUAUCAGUCUUUUUACUGCUACACAUUAUUUUCAUGACAUAGUCUUUGUAUUUUGUUUAUUAUAUUUUUUUUAUAUGAAGGCAUCUUUCAGUAAUAAAGACAUUUUUGCUAUGA